AUGUCCUCUUUUCCCUCUUUCUAUGGCCACCCUUAUCUCGAAAGUUCUCCAGACGGUGGCGACAGCAAGACAUAUUACAUACAGCAGUACAGCAAGGAAAUCCAAUGUAAUAUCGAUUCAGAAGCAGUAUGUGCGACGAAGAAAUUGGGCAAAACGAAGGACGGUCCGGAUAGAGGGAUUCGAAUUUUCAGCAUUUUAGCUUCUCUCGCGUCAGCUACAGCAGCUGCAAUCAUUAUGGGAAAAUACCAUCCGCGCCCAUUUGAGACUGCCGAGAGUGCCUUGCGUACUGAAGAACGACGUCCUAGCUUAUGGGAUUUUCCCAGGCGGCAUCUAGAAAAACUAUCACAGUUUCGUGAACUGGAUUCGAUGAACCCUGGAGGCAGAGAAACGAAAAUGCAUAGAAUGGGUUGUACUAUUGCAAUAGAGACCAUCAAGGCAAGCAACUCAAAAGGAUCGUUGGCAGAAGCAUCACUAAUGCUCGUGCAGUCAAAAUUAUCUCCUCUGGUCCAAAGACUACAAACGAACUUAUCAGAUCCUCCGCCACUGCUUUUCUUGGCCGCGUGUAUCGUCUUCUCCGUUGCAAUUGGAAAUCUUUGGGAGUCUCAAAAGCAGAAUGGUUACCGAGCAUGGAUUGUGGGCCUCGGAAUGAUGAUUGGUACAAUUGCGGCGUUGCGAACGGAGAACAUAUUACAAGAGGGAAAAGGGAUUUUGGCGAUGUCUGCUAUUGUCGCACUCGCGAUCAGCUCGUGCGUGCAUAGCAUGAUGCGCAUACACAUGAUACGCAAGCGGUUCAAAGCAAUGUUAGCUGAACAUACAGUUGAUGGCCACAUUGAAGGAGAGAAGAGACUUGCGGCAAAGGCAGGAAUGGACGAGAAGCAAUCAGAUUUGGCAACAGCACCAGAGAAGGAAAGAACGACAACAGAGACAGUCGGAAAUUAG